AUGCCCGCAUUACCUGUGACCGGACUGACAGCCAGAGGCGCGACCGCAGCAGCCCCGGAAAAAGCAACGAUCGACUUAAGACAGGAUCUCAUUACCAUCCACAAGAAGCAAGACGCCAUCCCGAUGAAAUUGAAACGGGAGAACCCCGCAUCAGAGGGGUACAUAACCUCGAAACUCGGGAACGAAGAAUGGGACGCCUCGGAAAAGGAGAUUAUGGACAAAAUAGAUCCGAUAGAAUGGCCGAACUACGAUGAACGAAGAACCUUAAGGCAACUCAUACUCGAGUACAAGGACAUCUUUAGCAAGCGACCGGGUAAACUAACUACUUACCAACACCGACUGGAGGUAAUGCCACACACUCGGUAUGCCAGCAAACCUUACCCAACACCAAUAGCCCAUAGGGAAAAAGUCACAGAGGAAAUUAAUAAAAUGUUGGAGCUCGGCAUAAUUCAACGCUCCAACAGCCCAUACGUAAACCCUCUUGUCGUGGUCCAUAAAAAGGACGGUAGCUUGCGACUCUGCUUGGACGCGAGGAGACUCAACUCGAUCCUCAUAGCGGACUCGGAGUGCAUGCAAACAAUGGAAGUCCUUUUUUAG